AUGAUUCAAAGAAUUCGUCUUUUUAGACAUGCAUUUAAAAAUAUAAACACACAAAUUCUAAGAACCAAAAGACCGGUUUUUAGUCGAAUCAAUAGCUUGAGUGGCAUCGGAAAUCGCGAAAUUGUUGGUCAAAAUGGAAUUGAGCCAAUAUUUUCGGAACUUAGUAAUGGAAUGAGGGUGAUUACAAUUGACAAUAACAAGAAAAUAGCAUCUCUGGGAGUCAUCCUCAAGUUAGGUUCUAGAUUUGAGUCAAAGAAUUCUUUCGGAUCGUCAAGAGUUCUUUUCAAUAUGAUACUUUCCCCAGAAGGAAAAAGUUCACGGAAUUCCUUAGCAAAUAAACUAGCAUCAAAUGGAUUGAUGUUGGCAGGUUGUUUUGACAAAGAAUAUGUUUCGUUUAUAUUAGAAUAUUUGAAAGAUCAAGGAAUGGAAAAUACUGAGGAGUUUCUUGAUGGAAUAUUCAAAUUCUACACAAAGAAAUUCAAUGAUGAAGAAAUAGAAAUUACUAAGAAGAAUGUUAAAGAGGAACUUUUGUUUGAGCUAGAGAACCCUAGUAUAAUGCUAAACGAACUUUUGCAUUCAACAGCAUGGAAAGAAAACUCUCUGGGUAAAAAUCAAGCCCUUUUCCUUGACCAAUUUUCGAGUCUAAAUACCCAGAAUUUAACGCACUUUAGAAAUGCAAAUCUUUUUUCACUAAACACUGUUAUUGUUGGAACCGGUAUAAGACAUGAUCAAUUAAUUAAAAAAAUCAUGAGUUCAUCAAAAAAGUUUAAUAUUCUGGAAAAAAAUUCCCUCAAUAAUUUAGAAAAUAAUGAAUACAAUAUGGGAGCCCCAAAAUAUGUUGGUGGCUUAGUAAAAAAUAAAUUGCCUCAUUAUGGCUUUACAAAUACAAUGGUCGCUUUUGAAACUAAUCUAAACUGGAAAGGACGCGAAUUUGUCGCUUUGUCCGUACUCCAAGCCUACCUUGGUGGUGGGAGCUCUUUUAGUGUGGGUGGUCCUGGAAAAGGAAUGUAUUCAAAACUGUUCUUGGAUGUUUUAAAUAAAUUUGAUUGGGUUGAAAGCUGUAACUGUUUUGUUAAUCAAUAUACAGGCACAGGAUUAUUUGGAAUUCAUGUUACUUCUUAUCCAGGCUAUUCAUUAAAAUCAAUCAAAAUAAUUGCAGAACAGUUCGGUGAAAUGAAAAAUAUCAGUGAAAGGGAGCUCGAAAGGGCCAAGAAUUUGGUUUUAAGUACUAUAUAUUCAGCUUAUGAAAACAAGAGUCAUUACAUGGAGGAAAUUUCCAAACAAAUUUUGUCAUACUCUGAGUAUAUUGAACUGGAUGAAAUAGUUAAUUGUAUUAAGAGUAUAGGGAUAGAAGACAUCAAAAAAGUAGUACAUUCAAUCCUUUCGAAUGCAGACAGGCCUACAGUAAUUGUAGUUGGGACUGACGUGAACCAAGUUCCAGAUUACAAUUAUAUUGUUUCGAUUAUAUCUAGACAGAUUAACAAUUGUUGA